AUGGAUAGUAUCUUCGGUCGCAAGAAAGCCCGCCCGCGUCAAUCAUCAGUAUCAGGACAAGACCUCAAUGAGCGAUCGGUUCCGUACGAUAAGCUUGCGCCACCGCCUCGUUCGCCUAUACCAGUCGCGACCGUCAACCAGGGUCUUCGAGGUAUAUCGGCUCCAAAUACAAACCCUGCCCUCACUACCUCAGGAACGGAGCUCAAUAAAUUCACCCUGCAGCGCAGCAAGCUAGAGAGAGAGAGAGCCUAUGAUCAACAUCCAUCUACGCGACAGGGUUCUCCAAGCACAUCCAUUUCAACGGCCGAUUCUUCAACCCUAUAUGACGAAUACAUGACACCUCUGUCGACAACGGCGAUCUAUACGCCCCAGACAUCUCGCGCUCGAAACAGCGAGGCUUCCUCGUCAUCAUCUCGAAACUCAAACCUCGCAGACUUUGGUCAAUUCGCUCCAUCUGACUCCGCCGCCGCAACUGUAAGACCUACAUCUGGAAUGACCACGAGGUCCGAAACGAAACGAGGUUCCCACUACGCCGCUUCUUUCUCAUCCGAGGGAGGAUCACACUUAUCCCACUUCUAUCAUCGACACCACGCUGGUGAUUCGUUCAAUUUCCCGCGUCCAGACUCGGAAGAAGAGAUCGAAGCUCUAUUUGAAAAAGUAAAGCGAACUCGCGAUCUCGGUGAUUUAAAUCUUCCUUCAAUUGACCAAAAAUGGCACAUGGUGUUCAAUGACGAACAUAUAAGAUGGAAAGAAGAAAGGGCGAGAGAGGAACAAUCUAGGAAGCAGAACGAAACGGGGCAACCUGCGGCGAUUAUGGCAGAGUCUCCCGAAUGGUACCUCAAGAAAUUCCUUGACAAAACAAUAAUGGCAAAGCAAGCCGGAAGCUUACUGGUUUCUUUGAGGAGUAAAGAGCUAAGUUGGUUUCAUCACUUUAUAUCGAUACGCGGAACCUCUGUGCUAGCACAAACACUUAUGCACCUGAGUCGCAAGGGUACUUCACGACGAGAGGCAGACAUUCUAUUGGAGUACGAGGUCGCCAAAUGUAUCAGGCACAUCUUUAAUACUCCGGUGGGGGCAAGAGAAGCAUUAACCCACAACUCGAUCGUUUCGCAAAUAGCCUCUUCCUUGAACACAUCACACCUACCGACGAGAAGAACUCUCCUGGAUGUUCUCACUUUUCUGACAUAUUGGAACGGGGGCGAAGCCCACAGUCUGGUGGUAACCGCGCUUGAGACCCUGAGCUCCUCCAAUAAUGAAGGGGGCGGUUGUUACAACUUUUGGUUUAAGUCCAUGGAGCAGUCUUUGUCUGGCAGGGGAAAGAUGGGCAGCUUGGUGGGAGCCAGUGAGGAAGUGAAGCGUGCAGGCGGGAUAGAUAGCUCUCUGAAUGAUUACGCGCUGUCUAACCUAGUCCUCAUCAAUAGUAUCCUCGACUACAUCGACGAUCUGGAUUUGCGACUACACCAUCGCGCAAUGAUGGACACCGCCGGUUUGCAGCGUAUCAUGGAUCUUUGUCACGAUUUUGGCUUUGCUGGAAUUGAAAUUCAACUCAAGAAUUUGCAGGCGUCUUUGGCUGAGGAUGAGAGGAAGCUGAGGGAACGACUGGAUGAAGCAAUCCUAAAAAACCUGAACGAUCCUCAAGACGUUUACAACGCCAUUUCUGCUAAGACGGACGGCACCAAGGCAAAAGAUUAUUUUUUAUCGAUGAUGCAACAUCUCCUGCUCAUUCGAGAAGAAGGCCAGCCAAUGGUGCAUUAUUAUCAACUUCUGGAUUCAAUUGUGACAGAUGUGGUACUAGACAAAAAAUUAGCCGGUGCGGAGCAGCGAAUGGGCCACUCUGUCGAGCGAAUCAUCGCCCAAUUUAACGAGGCGGAUCGCUACCAAGCUGCAGAGGACGAAGCCGCAGAGGCCCGGGCAAUGGCAAUGAGAUUGAAGUUGGAGAAGGAAGUUUUAGAAGAGGAGAUAGCACAAGGCCAGGAAGGACUUAUUGGAAGGCUUAAAGCGCAGAUUACUCAGAUGGAGGAAAAACUCAACGUUUCUCGGGAGACAACCUCAAGGCUUCAAGGACAACUUCAGACUCAGAAAGCAGGCUACGAAGAGCAAAUCUCUCAACUUGAAGCUCAGAUCAUGGAACUAUUUAGAAUGCUGAAGGAAGUGGGGAAAGGGGUGGAUACAAUUCUUGAUGGGGGAACUCUCGACCGCAAGACCCUGGUUGAGAAAUUGGAGAGAAAUUUCCAGAGACAUAAGACCAUCAGCAUUCUUGAAGGCCGGAACGGUCGUUCACAACGAAAAAAGAAAUCUGGGGAUCAAGGGGAAGAUGAGGAGGAAGAUGUUGAGGCAACGCCUGGAAAGUCUAGCUUAAGGAAGAAACCUGCAGCACUGGGAAGUGUGAAGACGUCAUUGCCUAACACGCAGGGUAGCGGAAAGGUGAUCGUCGACGAGAAUGGACGUGUGUCGCAGUUUAUGGAUGCGGAAGAGGCUGACGCCCAAGAGCAAAUUCAACAACAGUUAGUCGCUGGUGCGAAACUUUACUCACCCCAACUUGGCGGGUCCAGCUCUCGGAGUAUCAGAGGGUCCCCGCGACGUACUCAUCGCCCGCCUUUGGGCGGAGACAUCUUUCAAUCUAACGCCUUGCUCGCUCCUAGGUCUGAUGAUGGUACAAUAAUUGACCAAAGCGAUAUAAGCCGUUCUUCUUCACCCGUGAAUGAUGACGAAAGUGAAUACGACCAGUCAACAAGGAGCGGUUUUACAGAUGGGACGGAGGACACUGUCAUUACUUCCAUCAGUUCUGAGGGCUCAACUAGUAACUCUCGGACACCUGCGCCCGUAUCUUUCUCCGAGGCACUUAAUAAACACUUUCUGGCGAAAGGCAAGUCAUUGCCACCAGAAGACCGAAGUCCCUUGCCGUCCCCCGGGCUCUUACCUCCAGCCGAGGAAGUACCGAAUGGCUUAUCACCUCCGCCGCCGCCGCCUCCUCCUCCUCCUCCUCCUCCUCCUCCUCCUCCACCACCACCGCCCCCUCCCCCUCCCCCUCCCCCUCCUCCAGGUUUCAAAGGGAUCAUUCCGUCUUCGAGCGGCAUCCCUCUGCCACCUCCACCCCCGCCACCCCCAGGACCGGGUUUCAAAUCUGCUUCAAGUUCCACUCGAACUUCUGCGCGGACAUCUUUGCUUGGUUCCAAUCUAAAUUAUCUCUUCUCCGCUCGCAAAGAAAUGCCCAUAACACCCAGCACGAAGAUGAAGCAACUCCAGUGGGACAAGCUCCCCCAGCAGCAAGUAGUCAAAACACUCUGGAACGACGACAAGCCGCAGCAGGAGAAGGAAAUGCUCCAAAAACUCCAGAUGGACGGCGUAUGGAUGGAGAUGGAGGAGGAUUUCAAGGCCAAGCAGCUUGUCAUAAAUCUCAUGGCACGGCAGAAGCGUGCCGAGCUGAGGAGUAUUUUGGACCCCCAAACUAAGAAGCACGUUGAAAUUCUCAUGCAACGGGUGAAGAGGCUUGAACCAGAAGAGAUUGCUCGCAAGAUUCAGCAAUUCGAUCAAGAGCUAUGUACGCAAGGUUUUUUGAGCGAGCUCAAGCCUGUUCUCCCGUCCCCUGAACAAGUUGGAAAGCUGAACGUCUAUCGUAAUGCGGACCCGGAAGAACUGGCCGGACUGCAUACCGCCGACCGUCUGAUGGUACAACUUAUACAGAUCAAUCGAUUGGGUCCGCGUAUCGAAGGGAUGUUGUACAAGGUAUCUUUUGAAGAGACGUGGUCAUUGCUGGAUGAGGGAGCCAAGAAACUUUCAGCAGCUGGCCGUUCGCUCUUGGAUGCCCAACACUUUAAAGAGCUACUCAAUCUCAUUCUUUUGAUUGGAAACUACAUGAAUGGGACAGGCAUCAAGGGCGGUGCUUUUGGCUUCCGAGUCAGCAGUAUCAACAAGCUGGUAGACACCAAAUCAGUCAAUAAUACAACACUGCUUCACUUCCUGGAAAGAACGAUCUCGAAACAUUUUCCGGAAAUGGAAGAUUUCUUGGACGAAUUGGAAAAGCCCGCUGAAGCGUAUCGAGGUACCCAACACGUUUUCCGAGCCGCAGCCGAAAACUUACAUUUUAUUGUAGUCAACCUGCAAGAUGUUAGGAAAGGUCUGACGGAUUUGCGCGAGGGUCUCAAACGGAUCCGACAGGAAUUAGGAGAGCAUUUUGCUGAUUUGGACGAGAACGAUAAGUACGGGAAACAAAUGUGGGCAUUCGUCACCAAGUCGAAUCAGUCCCUGGAAGAUUUGGUGGACGAUGUGGGAAACGCCGAAACGACGUUUACCGAUGCCAUUAACUAUUAUGGAGAAGAGGACAAGAACAUGUCGUCCUCAGAAUUUUACGGCAUCUUCAAGACCUUUGUCACGUCGUACAAGAAAUGCAAAGCCGACAACCAAACGGCAGCGGAGGAAAAAUCAGCUUUCGAGAAGCGUAGGGCGGCGAUGGAGGAAAAUAAAGCUAACCGUCAGAAGGCACUUGAGAGUGCGAGCGUAGUUGAGGGCGAUGACGUGCUGGAGACGUUGUUGGACAAGCUACGAAAUGGCGACAUCGUGGGUCGGAGAACUGCACGCCGACGUCCUGUUGCCGAGACUCGCUCGUCGGCACUGCCAACACUCACCGUCGACGCAACACUCAGGCAUGAUACAAUAGAUAUCGCGCGAGAUAUGUUGGCGCGGCUACAAUCAGACGGGUUUGUUGCUGCUCCGCCAGCUUCACCGACUGUGGCUGCCACCCAACGUAGACGUCGACGUCGAACCGAGAGGGGAUUAGGCAGUGAGCGAGAAAUGCCAGGGUCACCUCUCUCUACAGAAAUCCAGGAGGACUCUAAAUCAGAGACACAGGCUGAGGUAGAAUAG